UGUCCUCACAGCAUGCUGUCCUCGUCUCCUGAGAGGGCUGGGUGCUCUCCUUAUGGUCAGCAGAGACCUGUUGGUGGUCUGAGACCUUUUCCCAGAGCCUGAACUGCAGAGAAGCUGGUUUGAAGCCUCUUACGAAGGUGCCAGAAUUGACCUAGAGAGGCUGAGCCUCGCUUGAGAAAGGUUUGCACUCUCAGAUGACAGACAGUGGGAUUGUAUUGCUGACUGGCUGCUGGACAGGCAGAGAGGCCUCAUGGAGUGAUUGGAGCAGUCCAGCAGUCCUCAUUAGAGGCUCCAAGGUUUGGGAAUGAGCAGUAGUGUUUUGAUCCUGGGUGGGGGACAAGGUGUGUUGGCAUCACGCUUUGUGUGGUGUCAGCAGAAGAGGGAUCUAGAGCUUGAUUCCAGCUUUGCGUAGCCCAAAAAGGUUGUAGUCUCUGAUCCAGAGCUCAUCUUUUAAGAUGAAUGGAUUGGACCAGACUUCUCAAAUAGUUCUAGCUUUUAGUAAAUACCCUUUGGGCUCUCUCAGUGCCUACUGCGAGCAGAGCCUUGAUUUUAGGAAACAGUUUUAAAGUCAAAUGUACUUUCAUCCCCUUUAUGUUGCAGGUGAUUGAACCUGGUGAUUCAGUGAGCUGAGGGGAUCUUGAGAGUGGAAUGUUUUAGGACACAGCCAAGUUGUUGAGGGAGAGCUGCACUUUGAUCCUAAGAGCUUUGCUGAAUUUUAAAGAUCCCAGAAGAUGGUGUGUGCUUGCAUCCUGGUGCCAAGGCACCGACAGCAGUGGAUGUCACUGGAGUAGUUGUUUUACCAAGAGGAGAUUGGCCCUGCCCGCCUGGGAUUGCUGCUGCUCCCCAGGUCAGUGAGAUGGCAAGGUCACAGGAGUAUGGGAGGUCUUCAUAUUCCCUGAGAUUUAGUGUCCAAUAUCCAAAAGCUGCCAGCACUACUGCUCUGAGCUCUGCCGGUCCUGGGACCUGGGACUUGGCCUUGGAGUACAUAAAAGCUUUAGGGGGGCUGUACCAUGAGCUCACCUUUCCACUCACCUUCCCCAUCCCUCUCUCCCUGUGCAGUCUGACACAGCCUGUGUGUUUUCAUAUCACAGAAGUGUGAAGCCAGAACUCUCUUUUUGGGGAGGAGGAGAUUAUUGUUGGGUAUCAAGUAUGAGAAUAAUACCCUAUAGAAACAAUGGAUAGAUAAACUCUUGAGUCCUGCUGACUUCAGAGUCAGGCCUGUGGGAGGUCUGAUUUUCACCUUGGCUGGGGGAUGCCUCAGCCAGUUUGGUCAGUGCUGCACAGCGCUGCUGGCCCAACCCCAGCCCUGCUCUGUGAGUCUGCCUGUGUUGCCCCUGUGCCAACAGGUAACCCCACCAGGUAACCAACGUGUGCUGCUGUACCUUCGUAGACUUUUCUGCUUCCUGGCCUUGCCAUCUCCUGGCAGGCACAUUGCUGACAAAGCUGUGAGGGCAGGUCUCAGCCUGCCUUGCUGACAGGGUUGCAAAAUGGAUUCCAGGACCAAACCCAUUCCGCAAAACAUCAGGAUUAAAUACCAAAAUCCUUGGCAUUGCCUGUGUGCUUAAAAGUGCUGAGGAAAGGAGCUUUAUCAAGAGGGACGGUCAGCUGAAGCUGGGAAUUAUCCCUCAGGCUCCUUUCACUUCCCAGGGAGCACGUGUACUCCUGUGCCUGUGGCUCUGCUUCCAUGAGGUACUUCCAGCCCUGUUGCUAGACCAGAAGACUGGGGAUAGGAAGGGAGCCCAGGGAACUGGGAGGACAAGGAAGAGGAGAGAAGCAGUUAUUGAGCAGGGUUUUUUGCAUUUCCAUCAUUACCUGUAGCCAUUAAGGGGAGGAUCUUGUGCUUGUCUCAGUACUGGAAUCACUCACUCUUCUGCCUCAUGAGCUGUUGAUAACAGCACAUGAGGAGGUCAGUAAUCCUCCAGGAAGUGAGUGAUACAUCCUGGCCUUUGAUUUAGCCUGCUCAAACAGGCCUAGUUCUUAAACUUAGUGGGCUUUAGCAAAGAUUUUACUGUGUUAAUUUGAAAUACUAAUACAAUGAAUUAUUUAUUAUGGCAAGUAAUUCCACAGAAAAGUACAGAAUGAGAAAAAUUUUCCAAAAGAUCUCAGAUACAACAUGAUCUACUCUCAUAUGAUUCCACAAAAGCUUUCAUGGCUAAACCUCAGGCUUAGUUCCAGCCAAAAGCAAACAUUUUUCACAUGAUUUCAGCAUACCAGGGUGUUAAUGGUUCAGUGAUGGUCUGGAAGGUUAGGGAGUGGGUUGUUCUCACUGCUUGUUGCUUUUUUCUUCUCUCUUAAAAGUCUCAUAGUUUAAAACCAGAAAGGUAGCUGUAAACUACCUGUAGCCUGCAAAGUGCAGCUGACAAGUGAGGCAUAAUCCCCCUGCAGUUACCUGAGCUUCACAGGCUUACAACAAUUGUUGAAGCAGACUUUAAAGGAAAAUAAGCAGCAACUGAGUAAAUGCAAGGAGGGAGUAAUUUAACCAACCCAUUGGAUGAAAGGGUAGGGCAAGAGGAGUCAUGGGAAUGUUUUAAUCUGUCAGAAAUGUGAUGACUCAAUGAGCAAUUACUACUCUAUGUACCAUCACUGGGCCCCUCCUACACUCACUUAAGAGUAUUUCUGCACUUCUCAUGCAACCUGCUUGUGUGACAAAUCCACACAGACACUGCACCCAAUUAGUGUCAGGCAUAAGAGCUGCUCUGCCUGUGUCUCACCUCUUUAAACCCCUCCUGGAAGCAAUUUUCCCAGCAUACAAAGAAUAAAUCACUGUUCUCUUAAAUCUCUCAGAGGACAGUUCCCAAAUGAGGGCCAAGUAAACACAUGUAAUACAUGAUAAAGCAUUCUAAUUCGUUAGAUAAUAUUCUUCCCAACAGUAGAUGCAGUGUAUUAGCUGCUUUAAGUGUUCAAUGUUACAUGUAAUUAAAAAUGUCAGGGUAGGUGAGACAAGGCACUUGAAUAGGCACUUGUAGAAAAAUAGUGGAACACCUUGCUUAAAAAAACCCAAACCCCAAUCCUUUUCCCCCUCUAAAAAAAUACCAAAACCCACAGCAAACAGCUGAACAAACUGGAAAAGAAAAAUAAAUGCACACCUACUUACAGGAAGUAUAACUUACUUUACCUUGUGUCCCAGUCUUUCCAGGAGCAGCAGGAGAUGAGGAGGCUAGGAGAGCAGAGGGAGGGAAUACAAUCCUUCCUGGGGCACUGCCUGCACCAGGGUGUAACCGUUAGCUGAGUUUGACAAGUGACUUACAUGACCACACCUUGUGUAAUCAAUAGCCAGUGUGCUACCAGAGUGUCCCAAGGAGUCUCCUUUGACACUGGCUGUCACCCUUCACACACAUUUUCAGGUGACCAAACAUCUGCUGCUUUAUUCUGCUCUGGUGCACCAGAGGGAUCUGCCCCCUCCUUUCCUACUCUCAUGUGAUAUAGGCUGUCUGGGUCAGAAGCCAUCACCUGCCAGUGGAGGAGCAGCUAUCCUGAGCAGCCUGGGGUGGCUCCAGAUAAUUGUUGUGCUGAAGAGAUGUGUGUCAGAGGUGGCUGAGAAGGGCUGGAGGGGAGCACCAAUGACCUUACAGUGGGUAUAGGAUGAACAGAGCCAGAGGCUUUGUGUUGUCAGCACCCUCUGUGGCUGCUGGGGACAGGUGGGGUGGAGGGCACAUUUCCCUUUCCUGUCAUCAACGCAGCUACACAGGCAUUCCCCCUGUGCCUCGCUGGGAUGCCCUGAGUAGGAGGGCAGCGUGCCUGGGCUUCCAAACCCCUAUCAUGGUGUCCCUGCUUAGCUUUACGAGAGCCCAGGGCCUCUCCAGCAGAGUGGGUUCUAUGUCACCGGUGCCCCCCUGAUGCCCCAGGGAGGCCAAACGAGUGGUCCUGGGUCUCCAGCCUGAGCAGGGGCUGUGCCGAAGCAGCCACGGGCAGGAGUGAGGGGUCUUGGCUGCUCCAGGUUAUUGAGGGUCAUCAGUGCCUGAGACAGGCUGGGAGCUGCCCAGCUCCUCUCCAUACCAGCGGGCUCGGCCCUUGGCCGCCUUCUCCAUAGCUCAGGGACAUGGGGACACACGCCUGGAGUGUGACCUCCGUAGCCAGAGGACGCCGCGGAGCCGCUGGUGCUCACCCUGUGAGUCAGGGGAGGCCACGUGAGGCCCCAGCCCCGGUGCCUUCCCGCCCACCACCAGCACAAGCCAGGGCUGGCACUGGGAUCCCUGACCCAGCAUCCUGAACUGCCGCACAGCCUUGAAGAGCUUUGCAACGACCACAGAGAGGCACAUGGUGUGAAAGGAGAAACACAAGCCAGCUAUAUUUGACAACAGGAAGGCAAGCAGAAGGGUAGCAGAAUUAUUACCACAGCCUGAGGAGACUGGAGCAGGAGCAGUUUCAACCUGAGCUAGUGUGGAUCAGUUUUUGUUGUCUCACUGGAAGAAACCCAGCUUUCACCACAGCCACGGCCCUCCAGGACGUCUUCCCGUGGAACCAACUGCUAGGACCAGCCUAAGACUUGCAGGCACAGCAAUGGAGAACUUGGAUGUCCCGAUCCCAGAUCUCAGUGAAGAACAGCAAGACAUUUUCCAGAGGGUUUUUGCUGCUGAUGCCAAGUACUUGGAGAGCCAUGAGAAAACGAACCAGUCCUUCUGGGAAUCACUUAUAAAAUGCUUGGCCACCACUGACCCACCUAUCCUGAAUACUGAAGAGAAGAACAAUCUCCUCAACAGCUGUGAUGUUCUCCCUGGAGGCUGUGCUGCCUGCCUGAAAGCCAUAGAGGAGAAAGGAGUCAGUGCAAUGGCUCUUCUUUACCUUUUGCUGAAGACUUCCAACCCAUCUGGGUACAGGCAGCUGCCCAGCUCCAAGGGAAAAGAUGAAAAAUUGAAACUCCUGAAGAGAUUGGAAAGGAAUUUUAUAUAUUCAGAAGAGGAAAAAAAGUCUGAAAACUCAUCUCAUGAGUCCAUGGAUGAAGAUACACAAGACAGUGAUGAGGAAGAUUUAGGAAGACAGAAGACUGAAGGCCAGUUACUUGGAGGAAUACCAGCAGAGGUGGUUCCCUACAGAGAUUCAGAGAUUGCCAGAAGAGAAGAUUCAGAUGCAGAUGCAUAUGAGAAGGAGAGCACUCGCCCCCCUCAGUGGACAGUACGGUGGAUGGGCAUACGGAAGGAUGAUGAAUUCUUUCAUUUUGUCAUUCUUUGCUUUGCAAUUGGAGCUUUACUAGUUUGCUACUACUACCACAAAGACUGGACUAUUUCUCUUGGGAUUGGUUUAAUCACCUUUGCUUCCCUGGAAACCACUGGGAUAUACUUUGGUCUCGUGUACCGAAUUCGGAGUGUCCUUGACAGCUUUGUUCCUCUGAUUGACAGAUUCAGGCCAAGAGGUAUGAGGAAAGCUGCCUAGGAGGAGUAUUUCAGGAGGGUUCCCCAAACCUGACUGUCCAAAUUUCCAGUGCUAAAGGAGCUGCUGUAUGAGGUGAACCUAACAAACCAAUGGCCAAUGUGAAAUACUGAAAUGUGAAACCUCUGAAAAACAUCACUCCUUUCCCUCAAAAAUAAACCUGAAACGGGGAUACAGGGCCCCACUCUGGAUUCCAAAACCGUUUGUGGCUCAGCAGAGCUUGGAAGACAAUUGAGCUGUAGCUUUGUGUUUAAUUCCAUUUAAAUAUAAACACAUUCACCUUCCCUCCUCUAGG